AAGUCUCCCUUGCUUGCAGCCUGCUAUUAUUACUAUUAUUUCCCCUUCUUUCUCUCCCGUCCUUCCUUCCUUGCGGAUCCGAAUUCUGAAUUCUUCUUCCCAAUCUCGAAAAGAAAUUGCGGAUCAUCGCGAUGGCUAAAAGCUCGUUCAAGAUGGAACAUCCUCUCGAAAGGAGGCAGGCUGAAGCUGCUCGCAUCAGAGAAAAAUAUCCUGAUAGAAUUCCUGUGAUUGUGGAAAGGGCUGAGAAGAGUGAUGUCCCUGACAUUGACAAGAAAAAAUAUCUGGUUCCUGCUGAUCUCACUGUUGGCCAAUUUGUGUACGUGGUCCGAAAAAGGAUCAAGCUCAGUCCAGAGAAGGCUAUUUUCAUCUUCGUGAAGAACAUUCUACCACCAACUGCUGCUAUGAUGUCAGCAAUAUACGAGGAAAACAAAGAUGAAGAUGGGUUCCUUUACAUGAGCUACAGUGGUGAGAACACAUUUGGGGUCUAUUGAAAUGCUACAAUGGCACAUCUGUGUGUUCGAGCCAUGCAAAAAAAAAAAAGAAAAGGAAAGAAGAAUCUAGAUUACUUGUAAAUUCUUUACUGCCUCGGUUGUUCGCUGCUGUCUCCAAGUAACACUGGUCUCAGACUUUCCCUUUUAUCUUUGGAUAAUUUGCUGUCUAUAUUAAGUAAAUCACUUUUCUCCAAUUUGCGUUC